AGUAAACAGGUGGCAGCAGGCCCAACUAAAAAAUCGGCAAACAAAAGAAUUCUCCUUUUUAAUUUCACUGUUUCAAGUCCUUCGUAGAGAUAGCAGAUUUGAUUUACAGAGACCAAAGGGGGGGAAAUGGCGAUCACACUGAACAAUGGAUUUAAGAUGCCAGUGGUUGGUUUAGGUGUUUGGCGUAUGGAUGGAAAAGACGUUAGAGACCUCAUCAUCAACUCCAUCAAGCUUGGUUAUCGUCAUUUUGAUUGUGCUGCUGACUACAAGAAUGAAGCAGAAGUUGGUGAGGCAUUGUCUGAAGCAUUCAAAACUGGGCUUGUUAAGAGAGAGGACCUCUUUAUUACAACCAAGCUUUGGAAUUCUGAUCACGGGCAUGUUCUUGAGGCCUGUAAAGACAGUCUUAAGAAGCUUCAAUUGGAUUAUCUGGAUUUGUAUCUAGUUCACUUUCCCGUUGCUGUAAAGCACACUGGAGUCGGUCAAACGGACAGUCCUUUGGACAAGGAUGGAGUCCUGGACAUAGACACGACUAUAUCGUUGGAGACUACCUGGCACGCGAUGGAAGAUUUGGUUUCCAAGGGUUUAGUUCGUAGCAUCGGGAUCAGCAACUAUGACAUCUUUUUAACAAGAGAUUGCCUAGCUUACUCCAAGGUGAAGCCUGCUGUAAACCAGAUUGAGACACAUCCUUACUUCCAACGUGAUUGUCUUGUAAAAUUUUGCCAGAAGCACGGAAUCUGUGUUACCGCUCACACUCCAUUAGGAGGUGCUGCUGCUAAUGCAGAAUGGUUUGGAACAGUGUCAUGUUUGGAUGAUCCCGUCCUUAAGGCGCUAGCCGAGAAGUACAAGAAAACCGUGGCUCAGAUCGUUCUCCGGUGGGGAAUCCAACGAAACACGGUAGUAAUUCCAAAGACAUCAAAGUUCGAGAGAUUGAAGGAGAAUUUCGAGGUUUUUGACUUCGAGUUAGCCAAAGAAGACAUGGACAAAAUCAAAGCCAUUGAUCGGAAAUAUCGGACCAAUCAACCUGCCAAGUUUUGGGGCAUCGAUCUGUAUGCUUAGAGCGCGAUGCCGGGUAUUCUGUGUGUGGCGACUUACGUUUUAUGAAGAAUAAGAGCAAAAAAAGUCCAUGACUUGCAUCAGCAAAGAAAAAACUUAUUAUUAGAUUCAUCAAUCGCCCAAGUUUCUUCUUUUUUUUUUUUUUUUUUAAAUGUACCUAAGUUUCUUGCAUGUUAUGACAUUUACGUUUAUCUGUAUGGAUUGAGAAUAAUUUUUCUUUC